AUUCUACGCAGCGCAUCUGUAUGCUGGGAAUCAGCGCUGGGUGUGUUUGUGUGCCGCGUUCGUGCGAUGUGUUAUCAAGAUCCGCUGCUUUAUUCUCACUCGGCGCCGUUUUUCUCUGUCUGUUUAACGUAAUCUCAACUCGCAUAUAUCUCAUCAGAAGAGUACCCAGCCAUUCAGAGUUCACUGGUUUCAAGGAGAGGAUGGCCCAUGUGGAGGAAGCCCACACUGAAGGGGAGAGCAGCCCUCAGAUGGUCUCCUUAAGGUCAGAUGUGUCGGUGAGCCAAGGGAACGAUGGAGAAGUGGGACCAUCCAUGAGGAGGAAGAGGAGGAAGAAGAAAGAGCCCCGUCCAGAGUCCAUCAUCGUGUACCGCUCUGAAAUGGAGAGAGCACCAGGAGAGGAGCAGAGCGGGGAGGAGGGAGGAGAAAGGACCCUGGAGGAAGGAGCCAAGUUCCUGGGAACACCAACAGGAGAAGGAGGAGACUGGAACCUGCCUCCAGACAGCCGGUAUGUCACGCUUACUGGCACUAUCACAAGAGGAAAGAAGAAGGGUCAGGUGGUGGAUAUACAUGUGACUUUGACAGAGAGGGAAAUCAGGGAUCUGGCCAAGUCCAAGGAGCGUCUCAAUGCAGAGUGCGAGGCCGGAGAAGGGUCCAAACGCAACUGUACCUUAGGAGUGUGCCAGGGACCCCACGUAGUGCUGUGGACCAUCUCCUGCGCUCCUGUGGUUUUUCUCCUUUCCUUCAUCACCUCCUUCUACUACGGCACGCUCACCUGGUACAAUGUCUUCCUAGUGUACAACGAGGAGCGGACGUUCUGGCACAAGAUUACCAUUUGCCCCUUUCUCAUCAUCUUCUACCCUGUGCUCAUUAUGCCAGUGGCGCUGUCUCUGGCUCUGUACUCAGCCGUGGUGCAGGUGUCCUGGGCCUUCAGUGAGUGGUGGCAGGUGGUGCGAGACCUGGAGAAAGGCUUUUGUGGCUGGGCUUGUGGGAAGUUGGGGCUGGAGGACUGCUCACCUUACAGCAUUGUGGAGCUACUAGACUCAGACACGGUUUCUGGGACUCUGCAGAGCAAGGCGCCCAGUGAAAUCGCUCAGACAUCAUCAGUUUGAAGAAGCGGAUGCUGAUUUCAUGGCACAUUGUGCCUGGUAAUGAUAUUCAUUGGGUCUUUUCACACUUUGUCAGGUUGCAACCACAAGCUUCAAUGUAUUCUGUUGGUGUCAUAUGUGAUAAAUCAACAUAUGAGUACCUUUAUGCACUUAAAGCUGCAGACAAGUUUUAGUAUAUCUUGACAGGUUUUGCACAUCUUGAGAAGCAGUUUCUCCAGAGUUAACAUUCUUCUCUAGGUUUUCUACUGUACUAUUUCCCUGCUCAAGUAAUGAACCAGACAGUGUUCUACAAGGUGCUCAAGGUUUGGGUGUUUUAUAAUCUAGACCUGCUUUAUGAUUCUGAGCUUUUUUUUUACCAAUGUCCCUUGACCUUCAUACUGUUUGUCUUUUUUUUAUAUAGCGCCAAUCCACAACACCUGUCAUCUAAAGGCACUUUCCAGAGAUUAUUAAAUCAGAUCCGACUGGUAAACAUUUUCUGUCAAAUUAAAAUCAGCUAAUUGCAUUGAGUAAACAGUAGCCCUUCACACCAAGCAUGCACGUAGCGACAGUGGAGAGAAAAAAACUCCAGGUAAAUAAGAAGAAUCCUCCAGCAGAAGCAGGCUCAGUGUGAGCAGCCGUAUGCUAGGGCUGAUUGGGGGUUCAGGGUGACAGAAGUAGACAUACACUACAAGCGGAGCGCAGAAGCACUGAUCUAUAAGUACUUUCUAUGUAUGAAAAGAUUAUGGUAAACUAACUCCACAAGAACAGACCAGGGCUUCUGGUUACAAUCUUAUUUAUUGCAGUAAACAGUGAAGAAUUGACAUGCUUAUCAUACUUUCAAAUUUAUAUAUAUAUAUAAAUACUGUCUAAAGCAUUAGUUAAAAUACAUUAAUGUUUGUGGUUGUUAUUUGACAAAAGUUGAAAAGAUUUGAGAUAUUUGAACACUUUUGCAGGGCAUUGUGUUUCUUGUGUUUCUGUCGGCAUCUUGUGCCGAUGUCCUCUUAAAUUUUUAUUUCAGUUUCAAAACAAGCACCUGAAAAAUUGAAUUUGUUCAAAUAGAUUUAUUUUGGGAUUUUGUAAAAUUGUAAUUUUUGCAAAAUUCCUAACCUCUUUUCCAUUAUUUAAUAAUUUCCAUUAUUAAGAUUAUUUUUAUUAAAUAAAAAAAAAGACAAAACAAUCAUGUGAAAAAGGUUUGAAAACUAUUUUGUUACACUUUCCUGCAAAGUAGAACUCAGUAUCCACUGCCUGAACUGUCUUUAGGUGCUGAAUAAUUUUUACCCUUAUUUACUAUGAGCGUAUUCGGGGAUCAGGGGUCAGUUUUUAUGUUUACAAGUUAUGUCACUAAACAGCUUCCAGGGAUUACUAAACAGAUCUCAGAGACCUUUCACUACAGCUUGGCCUUGGCUUGUGGAGAUCCAGUAACACCAAAAACUGUACAUCACAUCCAAGCUUCUCCUUUUUCUGUAAAUAUCUUUAGUGGACAUUUGGGAUCGCUGUGAAACGGUGUCAGAAAAAGCAUUAACCUCCACAGCAGCUUCCAUUCGUUUGUGAAGCUGCUGCAAAGACUCAGAUGUUGGAGAUCAAAACACUCUGUUAACACAUUAUCGACUGAAACUACAUUGCCUUAUAAGGAGGCAGUUUUCCAACACCGGUUAUCCAUUGUGUGUCAUUUGUCUUUGGUCGUCAAUCCUAUAAAAAAAAAAAAAUGAAAGCAAGAAAACAAAGCUGCAGCCGUGUUUUUGCUGGUUUUCUAAGAGUCCUUUUAGCAUCAUAGCUUUAAUUAAAGGUUGUGUUAAUUCAUCAGUUAAAAUAUUUUUGUUGCAGCAUAACAAAACCAUUCUAUGCAUAGAGUCUGAUGAAGGUUCACCUGUGUAAUUUUACAUUUACCGGUUUAUUUAUGUAAUGAAAUGGUAUUGAAUAAUACAAUAUAUAUUUUGAAUUAUUUUGCAUUAUUAGAAAAAGGUAAAUAUUGGUAAUAUUGAAAUCAAUUUCAAGGCUCGAACAGAUACGGAGGGUGUCUUUAGUUCCUAAUAGUAUUUAAAAUGUAAAACUUGCUUCAUUUUUAGAAAGUACAUUUCCAAGAACAUGACUGGAUUGGAUUCUAAAUGCUUAAAGACUGUUUUGACGAUCCAUUUUAUUUAUUUAUUUAUUUUUGUCCAGCAUUUUUAUUGUCAUUACACUGUCAUAAAUACAGUGCAACGGAAUUCACUCAUUUAACCCAUCCCUUUGGGUAGCAGUCUGGCAUUACGGAGCCUAAGUGGCAUUCUGUGGGAGUAGGUUUGUAACUCACAACCUCAGGAUACCAAGCUCCAUGCCCCAACCACUCCCCCCUUGAUUUGAUAACUUAGUCUGAUAAAGCCGAAAGCAAUUGUAAGGUCAAGCUAUUAUAUUUGUAUUUUUCAAUUCUGUUUUCUUUCCAUUGAAUUUAACGUAUACACAUUAAUUAGUGUGGACCUCAUUUGCAUUCAUGGAUUAAAAGAAACAUAGAGUCAACCGUUAAAUUAAAGAAAACUGCAAAGGAUUCCUUGACUAUUAGACUUACAUUGAAUCCAAUUUAAAAAGGGAUGCUACAUGACAAAUCCCAUUUAAACAUACAUUUAUUUUUUACUUGUUUAUUAAAGGGUUAGACAUUGGAACAUUAGGAAGGUUUUAAUUUAGUUUUGGCUGAGGAGGACAAAAAAACAUUUUUUUUUUAGUUUCAGACCCAUCAGUCACUGGUCAGAGCUAAGUAUUACCUUUCAUUAUCACAUUGCCAUCCUGUUUAAGCUCCAUCAAAUAAACUGUGUCACCCGAACCUCAUUAUGCUUUUUUUUUGUUAAAAUAUUUGUAGCUUUCUAGUCAGGAAUUUGGUCAGAUUCCUAAAUAUUUAUUCUUUAUGUCAUCCCUUCAUCCUCAUCAUUGAUUUCUGUUAUCCUCUCACAAAUGUUGAAGCUACUGUAUGUGUUUUAUACUCUGGCACUUUGACAUAAUGAAGAAUUCGCUUUAGAUGAAUCGGGUGAUUUAAAUGGUUGGUGAGACGAAUGUUAAAGUGUUUAGGAAUCUUUAUCUAUGAACGAUCUCUAUCUGAGUGUGUUGUUUUUGUUUACAAAGAAAAACAUGUAUGUGGUUUGGGAAUUAAUCUGUUUUCCACAUUACUGUUGAUAAUCCACGCAUUGCAAAACAAUAAAAAAAAAAGAUGCAU